AUGUCGUCCCUUUUUGAUGCUUCAGCAGAACAAGAACUUAAACAAUGGCUCAUUGAUCAUUUGAGAGACAAGUGUCCUGCUGAUCCGACUCUGCUUGCUGACUAUGUGUUGGCCUUGUUGAGAGACACAGACAAGGAAACUAUUGGAGGAACAUUGAAGGAUCAAUUGAACGAAUUUUUAGGUGAUCAAGUUACUAGUUUUGUAUCAGAAUUUAUGUCUGCUUUGGAUAGAGGAUUAUUUAAAGAGAAACCAAAAUCAACAACUCCUCCAUCAACAACAACAACAUCAACUUCUUCUACAGCUGCUUCUUCAUCCUCUUCAUCUUCAACACAACAAAACGACUCAACGAAAAGGAAAAGAAAAGAUGAAACCGAUCAAGAAUACUCUAGGGAUACAAAAAAGACUAAACCAACACCAAAUAACAAACAACAGGAUAGACAAACUAAAGGUUAUGAAAAAUCCAAAUCAAAGGAUGAUUACGAUAACGAAAGAAGAGACACUAGAGACAAACGAAAGGAUUCAAAAUAUGAUAGAGACAGUAAAUAUGAUAGGGAUUCGAAAUAUAACGAUAGAGAUAGCAAAUAUGAUAAGAAUGAUAGAAAGGAUUCCAAAUAUGAGAGGGAUAGCAAGUACGAUAAGAAUGAUAAGAGAAAGGAAAAUAAGAGAAUUGAAGGAGAAAUUAUCAAGGAUAGUUAUGGAAAUAAUAUUCUUGUUUUGAAUAAGGAUAUUUUGUCAGAUCCAACAGCUGCUAGAUUGCCAUCUACUAAUACUAUAAUGUUGACAGGAAUUCCACCAGAGUUGAAUCGUUUGCACAAGAUUUUCUAUUAUUUCAAGAAGUUUGGUCCAAUUGUCAAUAUCAUGGUCAAAUCACACAAUCACAUGGCAUUUGUUCAAUUUGAAAAUAAGGAAGAUGCUCAAAAUGCAUUGCAGACACCAGAUGCCAUUCUAGGAAAUAGAUUCAUUCAAGCUGCUUGGUCUAAGAGAGUUGCAAGUGAAAUGAAGGUUGACCACUCUUCAGACAAUGUUGCUGAAGAAGUUGUACAAAAGACUGUUACUCUCCAAAAAACUAGUGAAAUUACCAAGAAGAAUGAAGACAUUCUCACACAACAACUUUCCAUGUAUCAAAGUUUGGAAAAGAAAUUGGAAAGUUUACCAGAAGGUAGUGAAAAGAGAAAGGAACUUGCUACAAUUAUGAAGAGUUUGUCUGAAACUAUUGAAUCCUCUUUGCAAACUCAAAAGACAAUCAUUGGAAAGGUUUCUGAAGCUUCCAAACCAAAGCAACAACAACAAUUAGAAUUCUUCAAGAAGAAGCAAGAAGAAUUGAAAGAAAAGAGCCUUGAUGAUGAUCUCAAGCAAAUCACUGAAGGUUCAGAAUCAACAACAAAGAGUCCAAACUUUGGUUCCUACAGAGGUAGAGGAGGUUAUGCCAGAGGAAGAGGUAGAGGAGGAGCUUUUGCAGGAAGAACUCUUUCUAAGGAUAAUAGAACCUCAACUCUCUAUGUUACUGGUUUACCAGAGGACAAGAUGAAUCCAGAAUCUAUUCAAUCCCACUUUUCCAAGUUUGGUUCAGUUGACAAAGUUGAUGUACUCACUGAUGGCGCCUGUCUUGUAAAGUAUUCCACUAGAGCUGAUGCCACUAAGGCAACCCAACAAGGAACUGAUAUGGACGGAAAAUCUUUAAAGUUUAUGUGGAAGGAAGAUAAGGCACAACAGUCUGAAAGUUCACAGUCUGCUCCACAACAAGAGGUAAGUUUUUUAAAAAUUCAAUUUAAUGUAACCAUUAAUCAUUUCUACAGUAAACAAUAA